AGAGAGAGAGAGAGAGAGAGAGAAAAGAGCGAGAGAAAGAGUGAGGAUAACGAAAGAGCAUGAAAGUGUAUGAAAAGCGUCAACUUUGUAUGAGAAAAUUUCGUUCUUCUUUGCUGCCAUGUAUAGAUUACAGUUGCCACGACGACAGUUCUCUAACUUGGAAACUGAAGACUUGGUGGAACAGCCCCCCUCUCUUAAAAUUAUGUCACCCUCUGGGAUAGAUAAAAAGCAUGUAUUCCGUGACAUAAUACUCUGUAUAAUCUUCUUAAUAUUCGGCAUUUUAAUUGGAUGGUUUUCAAGGAGUACACACCAUGAGAAAAAAAACCAUAACUUGGCUACAGCUUCAGCAUCACCUGAACAUUCAAAUCAAUUUUUUACUUCAUAUUCAACAACUGAAAGUCACUUACUGAGGUAUGAUCCCAUUGAAAAGAUUUUAGCAAACCUAGAUAAACAGAAAAUCAGAAGUAAUUUACGAGACUAUACACAAAGACCUCGUUUAACAGGAACGCCUGGUGAGAAAGAAUUAGUGGAUAAAAUCUUUAAAACAUGGAAGGAGAACGGCUUGACUGACGUUGUUAUCACACCAUAUAGAAUUUAUAUGUCAUAUCCAAACAUAACUCAACCAAAUCAGGUUCAAAUCCGUUUUCAAAAUCAAUCAGUGUUUACGUCCCAUUUCUAUGAAAAAACACUCAGAAAAGAAGAUGAUUCAUCAAAACUUGUGCCACCUUACAAUUCCUUUGCACCCAGUGGCAUUGCUGAGGGUCCUUUAAUCUAUGUCAACUAUGGCAGAAUUGAAGACUUUCAGUACCUCCAUAAAAAUCAUUCCGUAAACUUCACUGGCUCAGUAGUCAUUGCACGCUAUGGAAAGAUUUUUAGAGGUGAUAAGCUAAAAAUAGCAGCCCAAUACAAUGCAAGAGGAAUGAUCUUGUACACAGACCCAGCGGACUUCAACAUUGGUGAGAAUCAAACAUAUCCAUAUACAUGGUGGCUACCUGAACAGGCUGUGCAGAGAGGAACAGUGGGUUCUGAUGGAGACUACUUGACACCAUUAUAUCCUGCUACAGAAGAUGCAUAUCGGAUAAGUUUGGCUGAAGCUAAAAAGCUGUUACCAAAAAUACCUUGUCAACCCAUUGGUUAUGGUGAUGCUCAAGUAUUAUUAUCUGAGAUGGCUGGUGAUGUAGCUCCUUUAGAUUGGCAGGGAAAACUCCCCAUAACAUACAGAAUAGGUCCAGGUCAUGUAAAUUCUUCAUUAACAGUCAGGUUACAUGUGAACAACUACGAGAACAUUACAACAACAUGGAAUGUCAUUGGAUACAUUAAAGGGGAAUUAGAGCCAGAUCGGUAUGUCAUACUGGGAAAUCAUCAUGAUUCUUGGGUUUAUAGUGCUGUAGAUCCUUUGUCUGGGGCUGCAUCUUUGACUGAGAUCACACGAGUUCUGGGAAAUAUGUCAAUGGAAGGCUGGCGACCAAGAAGAACAAUCGUAUUUUGUUCAUGGGGAGGGGAAGAACAGGGUCUUAUUGGCUCUACAGAAUGGGUUGAGGAACAUAUGAAAGAAUUGUAUGAACGUGCUGUUGCAUAUCUAAAUGUGGAUUAUGCUCUUGACUUUUACGAUAAACUGUCUAUAAAUACAAGCCCAUUGCUGCAAGAUGUUAUGUAUAAAAGUGCCAAAAAGGUUCCCAAUCCAAGCCCACACCACAGUGGUACUACUUUGUAUGAUAAUUGGAAACACCAGUACCCUGAAGAAGAUGAGCCAAAGGUGAGUUACUCAUUAGGAUCUGGCAGUGAUAUGGCAACAUUUUACCAGCGUGCUGGUGUCCCAAGCAUGGACUUUUUUUAUACAUAUGAUACAGAAAAGUGGAAAACAUUGUCUUACCCUUCGUACCACACUGCCUAUGACACAUUUUAUUAUUACGCUAAAUUCGUAGACCCCAGCUUCAAUUAUACACUUGCUAUCUCACAGUUGUGGUCAAUACUAGCCUGUUACCUGGCUGAAGACAAAAUUUUAGAAUUUGAUCUCCGGCGAUAUUCCAACAUCAUUGCAGUGUCUGUGUAUGACUUAUGUAAAAAGCAUGAUCACAUUUUCUCAAACCGUUCAGUCAAUAUUGGUUAUUUCACAUUUUCUCUUUGCAGCCCAUUACAAGUACGAAUACUGAAUGACAAAAUGAUACAACUGGAGAGAACUUUUAUUGAUCCUGAAGGAAUAAUUGGCAAAAGACAAUACAAACAUGUCAUUUUUGCACCUAUGGAACACGAUGCUUACUCGGAUGCUUCUUUCCCUGGAAUCAAGGAGUGUAUUUGGAAAAUAGAAAAUGAAAAUGCUGAUGUUUGGGAAGAGCUGAAGCAGCAGAUCUCAGUUGCUACGUACACAAUUCUGACAGCCGCUGAGUCACUUGAUGAAAUUGGAUUAGGGUUUAACAGAGCAAACCAUACCGAGUGAUCUGGUGAUCCGUCAAGCCUAUUACAUCAGUGAUCAGAAUCCAGAGCUUGUUAACUGAGUGAUCCAUCAAUCAAAUAUUGAUGAUGUGGAUCACAUUCCAUGCAUUUUUUAAGUGAUCCAUCAACGCUAAAUCAUCAUGAUUCAUGGACUUUACAAAAUAUUAUUUUAGACUAUUUUUUAAAUCCAAUCUUUUAUUAUUAUUAUUAUUAUUAUUAUUAUCAUUAUUAUUAUUAUUAUUAUUAUUAUUACUUUCAAUUUUUUAUUAUUAUCUUUUCAUUUUUUUCUUCAAAUGAUCGUUUUACUGAGAGUUGAACGAGAUAUUUGGAAAAAGAGAAAAGAAAAAUGAUGAGGUGUUAUUUAAUCCAAAAGAAAACAUCGAAACUACACUGGUAUAUUGGUUAGCUAUAUAACAUAUUUUCUCACAAGUUUUUAAUACCCUAAGGGAUCAGUUUUGAUCCUACAGAUCAAUUUCCCCUUCAGUUUGCUACCACAACAUAACAGUAUAGAUACCAAUUUACUGUCAUUAGCUUCCAUUCCUUGGUGCUAAUUCCUUGGCAUUUCCCUACACUCCAAAUUUAUACAGCUUCAGGUUUUUUUCUGUUAUUUCUGGGAUAUUUCUGGGAUUAUAUUCAAUGUUUUAGUAAAUUAUAAACUCUUCUUUUGUUCAUUUUC